AUGCUUUAUGGGACUGAAGUGCUUCGAGAAGCUGGGCUAGAUACAAAAAUGGCUUUAAUCGCUAAUAUUGGAAUUGGGUUAGUCUCGUUUCUGGCUUCUUGGGCGGGUCUUUUAGUAGUUUCUAGAGUUGGACGCCGUUCUCUUCUCAUUUUCGGCCAAAUAGGCACUUUAUCAGCACAUUUAGCUAUAGUUGUUUGUUCAGCAAUUUUGCCUUAUGGAACAGCUCGUGGUUGGGCUACUUUUGGCCUUUUACUCCCCUUCUUAGCAUUCUCACAGGGGGCUAUAUCUACAGUCACUUGGUUAAUGUCUGCAGAAAUAUUUCCUUUAAGUAUGCGCGGUAUUGGUACAGGCAUUUGUAUGUUAUCUGCAUGGACAACUGCUUGUACUAUUAGUCAAUUAUUUCCUGUAAGUAUAACUUCCCGGAAAGAAUAUAAUAAACCAGAAUUUAUAACAUUCCGGAAAGAAUAUAAUAAAUAA